CUGUGGGCCGGGGAGAUGGCGGGGCAGCCUCGGUGCCUCCAAGCCAGGAAGUCUGCGGGGCGGAUCUGGAAGCGAAGCCAUAAGGGGGCGGCACUUCCGCCAGAGACGCGCUGCUACCCGGAACGGUUUUCCCAGAGAUUAAACCAGAAGAAAAUGAUGUGGUGACCGUUUCUGAGCCCAGCUACUCCAUAUGGAAUGCAGUGUAUGCAGUGGCCCGUGCCCUCCAUAAAACGCUGUUGAGCAAAAUUGAAAUGGGACCUAAAGAAGACAGAAACAUGGACUGGCUUCUACCAUGCCAGAAUGCAUUGACCUACAAUGAUGUGCAUGUGAACUUCACACAAGAAGAGUGGGCUUUGCUGGAUCCUUCCCAGAGGAAUCUCUACAAAGAUGUGAUGCUGGAGACCUACAGGAAUCUCACUGCUAUAGGCUACAAUUGGGAAGAUCAUAAUAUUGAAGAGCAUUGUCAAAGUUUUGGAAGACAUGUAAGGUAUGAAAACAGUCAUAGUGGAGACAAACCGCCUGAAGAUACUCAAUAUGACAAAUUCUGUACACAUCACAGGAGUCCCCACACAUAUGAGAGUAUGCAUACUGGUGAGGAUCCCUAUGAAUCAAACCAAUAUGGUAAUGCUUUUGCACGUAACAGUGAUCUCCUAAGACAUAAAAGGACACAUACAGGAGAGAAACCUUAUGAAUGUAACCAAUGUGGUAACGCCUUUGCAUGUAACAGUGAUCUCCUAAAACAUAACAGAAAUCACACUGGAAAAAAACCCUAUGAAUGUAACCAGUGUGGUAAAGCCUUUCCACAGAGGUAUACUCUCCUAUUACAUAACAGAACUCACACUGGAGAAAAACCUUAUGAAUGUAACCAGUGUAGUAAAGCUUUCACAUGUAACAGUGAUCUCCUAAGACAUAACAGAACUCACACUGGAGAAAAACCCUAUGAAUGUAACCAGUGUGGUAAAGCCUUUGCAUGUAACAGUGAUCUCCUAAGACAUAAAAGAACUCACACUGGAGAAAAACCCUAUGAAUGUAACCAGUGUGGGAAAGCUUUUGCAUACAGCAAUGCUCUUCUAAUACAUAAAAGAACUCACACGGGAGAGAAACGUUAUAACUGUAACCAAUGUGGUAAAGCCUUUGCACGGAGGUGUACUCUCAGAAGACAUAACAGAACUCACACUCGAGAAAAACCCUAUGAAUGUAACCACUGUGGUAAAGCCUUUCCAGAGAGGCGUACUCUGCUAUUACAUAACAGAACUCACACUGGAGAAAAACCUUAUGAAUGUAACCAAUGUGGUAAAGCCUUUGCGCAGAACAUUCAUCUCCUAAGACAUAAAAGAACUCACACUGGAGAAAAACCUUAUGAAUGUAACCAAUGUGGUAAAGCCUUUGCGCAGAACAUUCAUCUCCUAAGACAUAAAAGAACUCACACUGCAGAAAAACCUUCUGAAUGUAACGAAUGUGGUAAAGCAUUUGCAGAUAACAGUACUCUUAUAAUACACAAAAGAACUCACACUGGAGAAAAACCCUAUGAAUGUAACCAGUGUAGUAAAGCCUAUGCAUAUAACAGUCUUCUCCUAAUACAUAAAAGAACUCACACUGGAGAGAAACCUUAUGAAUGUAACCAAUGUGGUAAAGCCUUUUCACAGAACAGUCAUCUCCUAAUACAUAAAAGAACUCACACUGGAGAGAAACCUUAUGAAUGUAACCAGUGUAGUAAAGCCUUUGCACGUAACAGUCAUCUCCUAAGACAUAAAAGAGCUCACUGCAGAAAAACCUUAUGAAUAUAGCCAAUGUGGUAAAGCAUUUGCAGAUAACAAUGUUCUCCUAAUACAUAAAAGAACUCACAUUGGAGAGAAACCUAUGAUACCUACUCCCCCACACUCCAGUGAACCAGAAAGUUACAGAGAUUCUGAGCUUGGAAAUCAUAACAUAUGUGCUAUUUUACAACCUUUUUUUCAAUCAGGGUUUAGGGAUAUAGGAUUUGUUUAUGUCGUUGAGGAAGUCACCUGAUGUAAAAUGUAGGUUUUAAAGUCCAAACAAUCAUAUCUGUUUGUUCUUUUGUGGUUAGGAAAAGGUUUUAUGUUUUCCUGAAGAGAAUCUCUUCUCUUCACUUUGGGAAAGUCGCUAUGUUAGGGGAACAAAAGACAUGUUAUGGAACAGUCAUAUUUUAGGAAACAAAAAUGAAAGUUUGUCAGCUAUUGGGAAAUGUGCAGCUUUUCUAGGGACUAUGAAAUUAAAUUUAGGUUCACCCUAAAAUUUAGUGGAGGCUGGUAUCUAAAAAGCAAUACAUAGGAAUUAAUUUUUUAUCAUGUUCCGAAAUGCAAAUUAAUCUUGCUUGUUUUGCAUGUCAAAGUCAACUUCAAGUUUAUAAAGAACAGAUAGUAGAGAGAAACCUUACACAUGUAGUCAAUGUGAUAAAGCCUUUUCUUAAUCUCCACAUACAUAGAAGAACACAUAGUUCAGUAAGACCCUAUGGAUAAGCAAUGUGGUAAAUUCUUUUCAUGGAGUUGUCUUUGAAAUCAGAAGAAAAAGUCAUGCUCCAGAGAAACCAUAUGAAUGUAGUUAGUAUGGUGAACUUUUACACUUCAUGCUAUCGUUAUAGAAGAGUAAAAGCUUUGGUGUGUGAGCAACUUCUUAAAGCCUUUGCAUAUCACAUUACUCUUUGAAAACCUGAAAGAACACAUUCUCAAGAAAAUCUGUUAGGAUAAAAGAUUUGUUAAGGUCUUUGACCAACUAAGUUGCAUUAAAUUACAGGAGAUUAUUUGGGAGGAAAAUUGUAACAAGUGUCAACAAUGUAUUCAUGCCUUAUGACAUUCCAUCCUUCUUUUGUUUUCAAUUAAAAGUUGACAUGGAAAAAAGGCCGAGGAAUUUAAACCAUAAGGUAACCUUCUUAGAUUUCUAAAUUCUCUUCAGUUACAUGAGAGAAAUCAUACAGUUUUAAAAUUAUGUGUGUGUAUUAUUGCUAUUUCUGUAACAAAACACAAUGUCUGUCAACUUCCAAAUGUGUUGGUUUUGCCUUACGGUUCCAGUGGGAUAUGGGAUCUCUAUGAAAUGGGAAUCAUAAAUUUCAUACAUGGUGGCUAAAGUAGGAAUCUUGGAACUCAUGUCCUCAACCUGCAGCAUGCAGCAGAGACUGGAAAAUUACAGAUGCUAUGCAGUUGAAAACUAUCAAGCCCACCCCAAGUUACAUACUUCUCUAAGAGUGCUGCAUUUUCUAAACAUUCACAAAUGAUUCUACCAACUGAGGAUUCAUUUCUCUGACUUCAAAACUACAUGUUUGAUUUCUAUUACAUGAAGGAAUUCAUGAUGAAAAACUCUGUAGAUAAGCCUGUAGAUAUCUCAACACCUGAGUUAUAGGAAUGAAUGCUUACACAAGAGUAAACAUGUUAGUUUAAGAAUUUGUUUUAAUUUCCGUUAUGUGAUCUCAGUAUGUCUUUUUGAGUUUAUGUUCCUGUCCAUUCUGGUUUCCAUGAAGAACAGACCUUUUGAUCUUCUUGUACCAGGAAGUAUAGAACAUUGUAAAAACCUGACCUAGGUCCUAGGAAUGAACUUGACUUAACUGCCAAGCUAUGUCUUUAAUACUGUAAAUAUCUUAACUCCUUAUAUAUCUUGAGAUCAAAAAGUAGAAAAGAAUUUAUAGAAGAGAGCAACUCUAUUUGUAUAUAAGAUUUAGUAAAUGUAUUCAAUUUCGAGAAAAUAAACUUUAAAAUUUAUUUAUUAUAGCCUUGGAGGAAGUAAAUGAUUUACCAUGUUCAUUUAAAUGUAAUGGAGAUCACCAACUGUGGUUGUGGUCAGUAAUUUGAGACAUUGGAGUAGGUAUUGAAGUUUUCUGUAUUUGUAGCAAAUCCAUUCACAGAAGUUUAUUAGGUUGUUCUGAUAUUCAUUCUGUGGUGGCUGUUCAUAUUCUAAUGCAUUUCCACUUCGUGAUAGAUAUUUUUCUGCUGGAAUGUAUAGAAUGGGAUCUCCAUCAUCAUCUAUGUGGUCCACACAUUGGUAGUGUGUGAUCAUAGUUUUCAAGGAAAGGUCUCUGAGAAAGCAUGGUACUUUUUUUUUAAUGUUUUCACAAAUUCUUUAAGAUGUUUGCUUUCAGCCUUGCUUGAAUAUCAGUAGUUAGUUAAUGUUAAAAUGUUCAAUGGUAUGUGUUUAUGUAUGUGUAUAUUGUUUGAAGUCCCAUGUUUCUUUCUGUUCCCAUAUUUAGUAUAUGUCACAUCUUGAAGAACUGCCUUCUAAGAGAAUUAUCUAGAUAUUAGAUAAUGUAACAGGAACGAGAUUAUUUUAAAAAAGCAUUUUAUGUGUCUGUAAUGUAAGUAAGGGAUCUUAGGUCAUGGCAGAUAUAUUAAGGGUGUGUGACACUUUCUGGGGUUUAUCUUUGUCAUUGUUAUAUGAACAAUUAAGGUUACGUUGCCAGUUUUACAUACCACAAACUUUCCCCCUGAGCUCAAUGAUACUCAAAUUAACUUAGUUGAAACAGUAUAUCCGUACAAUAUUGUUGUCUGUUCAGAUUAUAAACAAAUUGUCAUCUGAGGAUGGAAGAAAAUGAUGUGAUUUGAAUAAUAAAUGCUCUUAGCAAAUGAAAAUGA